AUGCGGGAUCAGAUUGAGACCGGCUUAAACUUGAGUGAAAGGUUGAUGGAGAGACGCCUGCUUAUUUCCUGUGGUGACAAGUCAGCCAGCCUUCCAGCAUUUAUGAAGAAGGUCUUCACUGAUUGCAAUGCGCGCUUUGAGCAAGCCGACUUUUCCUGCAUGCACCAUGUGGGGUUCCUUGAUUGGACGAAGUUCGGCAGACUUACCAUGGCUGUCAUCGACGAACAAGCACGCUGGGCAGCGAAAGUGCUCGACUUGAAUGACAACUAUAGCACUGUCAUCAUGAUCUGCCCCAUCUUGGCGGGGGAAGGAGUUCUCCAUGGCACAAGGGGGGAGCACAGAAGGAUUGAGGACAAGCUUUUGAGUAUGGGCCUAGAGCUCAAGAACAUUCAAGUUUGCUUUGACGUGGCGCAGUUCCCAUGCGCUUUGCCUGGGUGGAUGGUGGUGAAGGAUUCCACGUUGGGUGCCCGACAGGGCACCCUGUACAAGGUACCACGCAACAGUGAUCGAGAUGUCAAGGACCAGAACCUCUUUGCCAAGAGUGACUAUUGGAAUCUGCUGGCGUGCAGGGCAACCGCGCCACUGCCCAUAAGUGAAUACCAAACGCCAGAGUCAGGAACAUUUUUGUCUCACGAACAAGGCAGAUCGCUGACCGACAAGGAGGAAACGGCUCAGUGGGUAGCCUCUGGGGCCUGUAUUCGCUCCAUCCUUGAAUCAACAAUGUCGCGAGUUAGUUCUCUGAAGGGCCAGUCAUUGGUUCUGCACCACGCCACGCCGUACGAGGGCACCUUCGAGAAGGUAGCAUAUGAUUUGAUGGUGGAGCAUGAAGAGACCACCCACAUUGCUUGCUAUUCGGAGCUCCAGAAUCCGCAGGUCUUCUCAUUUGUGGCAACCCAGGUCAAGGAUCGUCUUUUGGAGGAUUGGAAAAAGACCCAAGGGUUGAUGAUCAUGAAGCCGCAAUUCACUGCCAGUGCAGACUUCAGCGGCAUCACAGAGCCAAAAAGACCUUCUCUGAAGUUAUGCAGCAUGACAGAGGGAGGCAACCUUGAGAUACCCAGGCCGAUCCGAGACAAGUUCCUUUCUGACCCCAUACGGAGCCACUUGGACUACUACCCGGAUUGGCGUGUUCGCUUGGCAAACUUUGACAAUGUCUUCAAGCCAUCCUCGCAAGGUGAGGCUCCUGCACCAAAGCCUGGGGCAGAGAAUGCAGACCUAUCAGUGGAAGGUGCAAAUGCAAAUGCCACCACCCAAGGGUCUAAUUCAGGAGCUGGCAAAGCAUCUGAACCGCCACCAAGCAUGUCGCAAGAAGAUUUCCAGAAAGCUUACCCUGAGCCUACCUUGACCAUUUCAUUGACUGUGGCCGGAGGGCAGUCAAUCACGUGCACCUACGCCAAGGGCAAGGUUGUCCUGGAGGAGACUGGGAGUCGCGGGGCCGCAGACAGCGAUGCGAUGACCAUCUUCGACCUCAUUGUGAUGUUGGAGAAGCGCGGCCUUGUGGACUUGACCCUCACUGGUCAUAAGUUUGAGCGUCCUCCAGCAGUGAAGCGAGGUGAAUCUGAGGAUUCAAUGGUCUUCAACCAUGAGGCGUUCUCUGUCUACAAGCCAAACCCGGUUCAGCAGAAGAACGUGAAAUCGUCCAAUGGAUUUCUUGCUGGUUCCAAUUGUGUGUGUUUAGCCUUUUUUGCAAUGCUUUCGGAACAACAUCCUGUGAUCAACGUGGACGCUGACAUGUCAGAUGUCAAUGCAAGCCUCCUGGGCAAGCACAUGAACCUGUCCGGUGCCUCAUCAACCUUGGCCACAACGGAGCCUACGAAGCAGCCAACAGCCAAGAAGCCGGAAGAAGUUCAAAAGCCUGUUCAGAAGCCAGAGUCAUCUCAAUCUGAGGGUCCAAUGAUUGUAUUCAAGGCAAGCUCCACGGUGGAGAAGUUCAUGCUUCGUGCAGAGCCA